ACAGCGGUCGGCGUGUUUGUACGUCUGGGUUUUGCAAGCCUUAGGGUAACGAAGAUGGCGGCGGUACCAGCGGAGGGUAUUCUUAUUGGAGAUAAAAUGUAUUCCAGCGUAGAGAUCACAUUGAAGAACUGUGUGAUUCCUGAAGAACGGGUACAAUUUACUGCUUCGAUGGUGGACGGGCUCGAUCUGGAGGUAGAAACGGACCUUCGUAUUGUUGGUUGUGAACUCAUUCAAGCCGCGGGGAUUCUUCUCAAACUCCCACAGGUGGCUAUGGCAACCAGCCAGGUUUUAUUCCAGCGGUUCUAUUACUCAAAAUCUUUUGUAAAGCAUAUUAUGGAGAUUGUAGCAAUGGCUUGUGUUCAUUUGGCAUCUAAAAUUGAAGAAGCUCCUAGACGUGUGAGGGAUGUUGUCAACGUAUUUCACCAUCUCCGACAAGUUAGAGAAAGGAAGAAGUCUGCACCUAUGCCUUUAGAUGCCAGCUACAUCAACCUAAAGAAUCAAGUUAUCAAGGCAGAGAGAAGGGUACUUAAAGAACUAGGUUUUUGUGUACACGUCCAGCAUCCACAUAAGAUAAUCGUAAUGUAUCUUCAGGUGUUAGAGUGUGAACGCAAUCAACACCUGGUCCAGACAUCAUGGAAUUACAUGAAUGACAGCCUUCGAUCAGAUGUGUUCGUUCGAUUUCAUCCAGAAACUAUUGCAUGUGCCUGUAUCUACCUUGCAGCUAGAGCACUGGAGAUACCACUUCCUAGUCGACCCCACUGGUUUCUUCUGUUUGGUGCUAAUGAAGAGGAUAUUCAGGAUGUGUGCCAUAGGAUUCUAAAACUGUACACCAGGAAAAAGGCUGAUUUGGCAUACUUGGAAAAGAAAGUUGAAGAAAGGAAGAUGGCGUUAGAGGAAGCUAAAGCAAAAGCUAAAGGUCUUUUACCUGAUGGAACACCGGCACUUGAGAAUACAGCUGGUUUUUCACCGUCUUCCAAAAAUGAAACCCCAAGGGAGGCAAAAGCUGACAGGACGUCUCCAUUGGCUGCCCAGGCAGUAAAACAUGCCAGAAGAAAGCUGGAUGAUGGAAAGCAUUCUAGGUCUGCUAGUCCUGAUACAAACAUUCAAAGAGGAAGCAGAAGUCGAAGUCGGAGUAGAAGCAGAGAUCGCAGUCGCACAAGGUCCCGAUCUAGGUCACAGACACCUAAAAGACGAAGUCGAAGCCACACUGGGUCCAGCAGUUCUAGAUCCCGCAGUUACUCCAGAAGUCGCAGUGACUCCCCACCAAGAAAACAUAGUCAUAACUCUAGUUAUAGUAGACCCAAGCACAAAAAUUAUGAAAAUUCCAAGGAUUACAAGUAUGGAGUUCUAAAUCAUCAUAGGUCUCGUAGCAGGAGUCGUGGUCGUAGCUCAUCCCGUUCUAGAAGCAGGUCCAGAGACCGAUCAGAUCACAUGAAAAAAUACAAAAAAGAAAGCCACUCUUACAGAACACGAAGGCAUCAUCGAUCACACUCUUACGAAAGAUCCAGUAGUAGCCAUGGGAGGAGAGAUCAUUCAGGACACCGACGGCACAGAAGAUAGUCUGUGAAUUACCAUUGACAUUGAGUCUGAGAAUUGACAGACCAUCUGCAUAGCUUUUUUGAGGUUGAACUUUUUUGAUGACCUUUGAGUUUUGCAGGAGAUGUGAUGCCAACUGUUCACUAGAUCCAUUCUGUAACUAAAACACUUGUAAUAAAAAUCCAAAAUCCCAGUCUUGACAUUGCAGAGAAUGUCUAUUGGAAAUGUUUUGGGGGUCCUAUUUGUAUGUAAUUAUAAUUAUUUAAAUGCAUUUAAAAGUUUAUAUAUAUAACACAAACUGUGCUGAACCUGUACAAGAUAAGUGCAGGACACUACCUUUGUAUGCAGUAAAGUUGUUUUGAAAUCUACUGUGUAUUGUUCAUCAGGUUGGAUUUC